CUUGUCUGACAUGGUGGAGGUGCUGAUCAACAGGGUGAGAACAGAGCACACGUCCAAUUGGAUCAUCGUCAUUCCACUGCUACACCUUCUCAAAGGCACUUCAGAACCAUUUCAGCCAGUGCUUAAUCAAGUCAAUGCACAAUAUGAGAAGUGCUGGGUUGGCCUGCAGGGACUCAAAUUGGAGUAUGUAAAAAAUCGAAGGGCAAUGUUGGAUCUCAUGAAGGCACAUGCACACUUGGUGGAGGUGGACAGACUGCUGGCGCGGUCUUGGAUGUACUUGAUGACUUUAGAUGAGUUGGUCGAGUGUGACUCCUUCAUCCAUGCAGAGCUCCUGGACAUCCUGCAGCUUUUCACCAUGAAAUGCCCCAAAGAAAUCUCAAACAGCACUUCAACAAGCGUUUUGAAGAUUCUGGAACACAUUCAGCUUCACUUGCUUGAACAAAGAUACAGCUGUCUAAAUGAGGAUUAUGGCAUUCAGUGCAUUCAAGCAGCUUGCAAACUUCUAGAGAUGAUCUGCAAAAGAGUCAGUCAUGCGUUUACUGAUAUUCCUGUUGCUUGCAUGAACCUUGUGGCUGCUGUGUCAGGAUUUACCCAGACAACACAACAAACAGACACUUUCUCUGAGAAGACUUGUGAGUUACUCCGUUAUGCCAAACAAACUGUCAGAAGAUGGAUUGGACAAACUUUUCAAGGCAGACUUAUAAACACAAGUUAUCAAACGGCUGCCAACUUCACUAGAGAGAUUGAGAUGUGGAAUAACAUUGUAUCCAUUCAAUUCAUGAGUAAGGACUUUACUAAAGAAUGGAGAGAGACUUUUACACAGGACUUUGAGGGAAAGUAUCAAAAGGAAGAUCCUCUGGACCAAAUCCAGGUUUAUUGCUCAAAGGUUGAGGAACUUAAUGUCUCCAAGCCUUUUUUGGUGGGUAGCGUGGAGAAGUGUGCUCUCCAGGCUGUUGCUGCAAAAUGUCAGUUGUGCUUGGAAGAUAUUCUGAAGUUACAUAUUAUGGAAGAGCACGAUGAGGGCUGUGAGACACGCGUUUAUUCUUUUGAAGACCUCAGGGAACUUCAGAAUAAAUUAAUGCUAAUGUCGGGCAAAGGAGAUCAGGGCCAGCGUGAAGUCAAUCGAUUUACAGAGGUCUUUGCCAGUGUACAGAGGUUGGCCUGUGCAUUUAUUGAUUUGUUUGUUGCUGGAAAUCCAUUAUUCAGACACUGGAAGGCAAAGGUCAACUGUAAUAGUAAAGAAGAAUGCAUCAUUAUGCACCUCGAUUUAGGAAGUGUUGUUAGUGUCAUGAUUGAAGGUGAAGUCACAGAACAGUUGCCGGAAGUCUGUAAGAAAAUGGAGAGCUGCCUAUGCUUCUGGAAAGAUUUUAUGGACAAGCAGAGAUCUCAGCAUUAUUUCCUAAACUAUUACACUGCAGAACAGGUAGUCUACCUGUGCCAUCAGCUCACCCAGAGCAAUGUGGCAACAAUGGAAGAUCAAGUUCUUAUGAUGCUCUCCUUUAUCAAACCUAAUUGCACCACUUCAGAUUUGAGACAGGCUUGGCACAGGCUUCAGUAUGAAGUAAUUAAGAAGGUUCCUGAGCAAAAUGAUGACUUAGACUUUCAAACUUUCAUGGAAGUAUCCAGUAUGAUGGAGAAUGUGAGUAUUGAGGAGCCAUGCCUAUUGUUUGAUGACUUGACAAGCCAGUUGGGGGAUGCUAUUGGGUCAAAAAAGCUAGAUGUGAUUUGGAAUGCUUACAUGCGGAACAUGAACAAUUUUCUGCCAGACUCCCUUGAUGUCAGAAAUCUUGGAUAUCUACUUAAAAUUUUGGCCAACAGCCCCAGCGAACACGAGGGUGAUUCCUCACAGGAUGAGAGAACACAGUACAUUCAGAGAGAACUUCCAAAUGGAAUGGCUACUCGAAGACCAAAUCUAAUCAUCUGCCCUCCUGAAGAAAUUCUGAUAUCUUGCAUUUCAAUUUACAUGAGCAGCAAGGGUCAGCCUCUACCAACCUAUGAUGAAGUACUCCUCUGUAGUGCUUUCACUUCUUAUGAAGAAGUGGAACUUUUCCUCAGGCGCUGUCUCUCUGCUGGCUACAGGGGAAAGAAGAUAUACACAAUGCUCUAUGUGGACCAACUUACCUAUGAAGUCAGCUACAAAGUGGAACAAUUUUUUCAGCAUCAAAGUGCACAGAGCAGAAAUGAUUACAGACUUGUGUUGGUCUGCAGCUCUAACAGAGAACAUGCAUACCUUCCUUCAGCUUUUAGUCAAUUUAGAUUGCACUUGAUUCCCCAAGAACCAAUUGUCAGUAUUCAGCAAUACCUUGUUAGGCAUUUUACAGUACCAGCUGACAUAUCCAGUGCUGCUGCUGUAUUCAAAGACAGACAGUGUGUGGGAGUUGUAUCCUCAGAAAGAUCAGGAGUUGGAAAAUCACUUUACAUUAAACGAAUGUAUGAGAAUUUGAAGAUCACCAAGAAGCCUUCACAGCUGAAGUGCAUCAGGUUAAUUGAGCCAAGAGUUGAUGAAAAUGUCAUCCUUCAGUCCUUGCUCAACAGCCCCAAGAAAAAGCUUUCAGUCUAUCAUUUAGAUGUCACCACCAUGGUAAAGAAAGGACUUCAUGAAUUUCUGUUCAGGCUGCUGAUCCUUGGAUACCUUAUGGACUCAGAAGGAAACAUGUGGAAAAGCAGUAAUAAGCACUUGUAUGUCAUCGAGAUACUAAGACCUGGGACAUCCCGAAAUGAUCGAAGAGCUGGUGCUUUCAUGGAUGUGUUUCCAAGUGUUUACUGCCGUCCACCUAAAGAGGUCCUUGAGCUAGAAAUGAGAAUCCAGGAAGAUCCGUCAUUAGUAGAGGGUGAUGAUCCCCUCAUGGAUGACCAAGAGUUCCAAAGUGAGGCCUACCAGCGGCCCUAUCAGUACCUGCAACGUUUCUACAAUGGUAUUAAUUUGGAUACCUUCAGGUACCAAGGAGUUGAGGGCACUCAUGUUGAAUGCCUGCAGAUGUUGUUUGUGUACUGCGGCAUCGUAGACCCCUCUUGGGCAGAGUUGCGGAAUUUUGCUUGGUUCCUAAACUUACAACUUAGGGAUUGUGAGAACUCCGUUUUCUGCGAUGUUUCUGUUACAGGUGACAUUUUGUUUGGAUUUAAAAAAUUUGUUGUUGAUUUCAUGAUUCUCAUGGCAAAGGAUUUUGCCACUCCUUCACUUAGCAUCUCUGACCAGAGUCCAGGAAGACCGCAAAAUGACCUUUCUUCAGCCAAUGAAGAGGACCUGGCUCCCUUUAGGAUAAGAAAACGAUGGGAGUCAGAACCACAUCCAUAUAUUUUCUUCAAUGAUGACCAUGAGUCCAUGACAUUCAUUGGCUUUCAUCUUCAUCCAAAUGCACAGAAAAGGAUUGAUGCUAUUGAUCCAUUAACAAAAAGAGUGAUCAAGCAGAACAUCAUGACCAGAGAGCUCUAUGAGGGCCUCAAACUACAGAGAGUUCCUUUUAAUAUUGAUUUUGACCAGCUUCCACGACAUGAGAAAAUUGAGAGACUUUCCAGAGUGUUGGGAAUACAGUCUCCCUCUGACCCAGAUGAAACAUAUGAGCUUACCACAGACAACAUGUUGAAAAUUCUGGCAAUUCACAUGCGCUUUCGCUGCGGGAUUCCCGUUAUAAUCAUGGGUGAGACAGGAUGUGGGAAGACCAGACUAAUCAAAUUCCUUUGUGAGGUGCACAGAGGUGGAAUUGCCCCUGACAAUAUAAAAUUAGUCAAGGUUCAUGGGGGGACAAGUUCAGACAUGAUUUACACCAAAGUGAGAGAAGCAGAGGACAUGGCGUUAAGAAACAAGCAGAACUUAGAAGUUUUGUUUUUUGAUGAAGCAAACACAACGGAGGCCAUUAGCAGCAUUAAGGAAGUCCUCUGUGACAACACUGCUAUGGGACAGAAUUUGACAGAUGACACUGGCUUGCAAAUCAUUGCCGCUUGCAACCCCUACAGAAAACACACAGACAUAAUGAUCAAGAGAUUGGAGUCAGCUGGUUUGGGAUACAGAGUUCGUGCUGAGGAAACAGAUGAAAAACUUGGAUCCAUUCCACUUCGCCAGCUUGUGUACAGAGUGCAUGCUUUACCACCUAGCAUGAUUCCACUAGUGUGGGACUUUGGACAACUCAAUGACCAUACUGAGAAAAUGUACAUCAAGCAAAUAGUUGAAAGGGUAUUUCAAACCCAUUCCAUUGAUUCAAACUGCAUCACAACCAUUACAGAUGUUCUGUCAGCCUCACAGAUGUAUAUGCGAACAAGACAGGAUGAAUGUAGUUUUGUGAGUCUGAGGGACGUAGAGCGUUGCAUGCAAGUUUUUGGCUGGUUCUACAUAAACCACGAAAUGUUACUCAAAGAGCUUGGCGAGUUUGAGAGUGGAAAAAUAAAUGAUCAACAUCAGAGGGAUACUGAAAUAACAAACCCAAUUCUAUGGUCAUUAAUUAUGGCUGUUGGUGUCUGUUACCAUGCCUGCUUGGAGGAUAAACAGAAAUACAGAGAAAACAUUUGCGCAGACCUUCCAGAGACCUACAGCCCAAUGAAAGUGAUGCAGGAGAUCUCAGUUAUUCAGGAUCUUUUCCUGAGUGGAGUUCCAUUGGGUGAAACUAUUGCCCGAAACAAUGCCUUGAAGGAAAAUGUCUUCAUGAUGGUUAUUUGCAUUGAACUGAGAAUACCUCUCUUUUUGGUUGGAAAACCUGGAAGCUCUAAGUCUUUGUCAAAAACUCUAGUUGCAGAUGGCAUGCAAGGCCAAGCAGCUCAUUCGGAUUUGUUUAAAAAGCUAAAGCAAAUUCAUCUUGUUUCCUUCCAGUGCAGUCCUCACUCUACACCAGAUGGGAUCAUCAAUACAUUCAAGCAGUCUGCCCGUUUUCAGAAAGACAAGAAUCUAUCAGAGUAUGUCUCGGUGGUAGUGCUAGAUGAGAUAGGCUUGGCUGAAGAUUCCCAGAAAAUGCCCCUGAAAACUUUACAUCCUUUGUUGGAAGAGGGAUGCAUAGAUGACCAGCCAGUACCGCACAAGAAGGUUGGAUUCAUCGGUAUCUCUAACUGGGCUUUGGAUCCAGCCAAGAUGAAUAGAGGGAUAUUUGUUUCACGUAGUGAUCCUGAUGAAAGGGAAUUGAUUAAGACUGCUGAAGGAAUAUGUUCCUCGAAUCCCAUGAUCCUUGAGAGGGUAAGAGAGUACUUUCAGCCAUUCGCCUGUGCUUACCUGAACAUCUGUAACGAACAAGGCAGAGGUUUCUUUGGUUUGCGAGACUAUUACAGCUUGAUAAAGAUGAUAUUUGCUGUUGCCCAAGCUUCAGAACAGAGGAAGAAGCCUAGUGCAGAACAGAUUGUGAAAGCUGUGCUGAGGAACUUCAGUGGCAAGGAUAAUGUGGAUGCUGUUGCAGUUUUCACCAGCAGACUAAAUAUCAAACCCAAACUUGAGAAUGUCAGUACCAUUGAGCUUGUAAGAGAGAACAUCACAGCCAUUGGUCAAGAUGAGGAAUGCAGAUACCUGCUGGUUCUGACCAAAAACUAUGCAGCCCUUCAAAUUCUUCAGCAUAUGUUUUUUUCAGACCUGUGCCAACCAGAGAUUAUCUUUGGUUCAAGCUUUCCAAAAGACCAGGAGUAUACUCAGAUAUGCCGCAACAUUAACCGUGUGAAGAUCUGUAUGGAAACUGGUCAAACCAUUGUGCUUCUGAACCUGCAGAACUUGUACGAAAGUUUGUAUGAUGCUCUUAACCAAUAUUAUGUAUGGCUUGGAGGUCAGAAAUAUGUGGAUUUGGGGCUUGGAACUCACAGAGUCAAAUGCAGAGUGCACAGCGAUUUCAGGCUCAUUGUCAUUGAGGAGAAGGAUGUUGUAUACAAGCAGUUUCCCAUUCCAUUGAUCAACAGGUUGGAGAAACAUUAUCUUGACAUCAAUACCAUACUAAAAAGUGAGCAAAAGGACCUUGCUGAGAAGCUUGUGGAGUGGGUUGCAUGCUUCAUUGCAGCUAAAAGCAAUCACUCAAUUGCUCCCAAAGCAUGCUGCUACCAUCCUGCUGAUGCUUUCAUUGGCUACCACUCAGACACCUGUGCCUCUGUUGUCCUGCAAGUUACAGAGCAGCUCAACGGGCAAAUUUCAGAUGAUUCGAAGAGGAUUUUAGAUGAGGCUAAAUUGAUCCUUUUGAACUGUGCUACACCAGAUGCAGUGGUUAGGCUAGACUGCACUUCCUUCUCCAAAGUAGAAACUGAGCACUUGUCAAGGGUGUACUUUGAAGACCAGAAGCAUAGCUCACUUGCUGACUUCAUCCUUUCUCAAAUACAGCAAGCAGGGCCUAGCCAUGCCUUUUUCACAGAGGUAACUACAUUCUCAAGACUUCUGACCGCAACAGAAACUGAACAGCUACAGAACAUAGUUCAAAACAUUGAGCUCCUCUCAUUACAGCAGUUUGACAUGGAAAACUCAUUCCUCAAGACAAUCAGGUAUUACCUCUUGCUGGAUAACUCUGAUGAAUCCUUGAGGAAAUUGUGGCUGGAAAUUUUUGGAGAUGUCAAGUUACUGAAUGUUCCUUACACAAGCCUAGACAACAACUCAGAGAAGACAAUCUUGGUUCAAAACUACAUUGCAGUUGACAGCAAUGUGGGUUGCACCAUGCCUUUCAGCUGGAGAAUUAAAGAUCAUCUAGAGGAACUCUGGGUACAUGCUUUUCAGCAAGAAGGACACUCUCUAGAUCAAUUUGAAGAGUUUUUUUGGAAGAUCCCCUUGGGCGGGUACAUCUCUGAAGCAACCCAAGAGAUGCAGAUGGAAUUUUUCCACAGGUAUCUCCAGGAUUUCAUCUCCAUGACCAUGAAGGUAACAUCAGUGGCGAAUCUCGAGCUCUUAUGUGGUGCCCUUACUUGUGGUGUAAAUGAGCUUAAGGGUAGUCAGGAAAUCCAUGAGAGUGAAGUUAUUUCUCUGCCGUGGGUUCAUGCUGCCUACCAUCGCUUCAAGGACCGAAUACAGAACCUCUACAGGAUGAUCAGUAUAGAGCCUCAGAUUGCUCAGAGGAUUCUAGAUAACACAUGUGCCAGAGAAGGAACAGAACUGGUGUUAGAUGUGUACACUGCAGUGGCCUGUAUUGAAUGCCUGGAGCCCCAGGCUCUAGAUGAAGAUGGUCAAAGUCUGGCCUGGCUUAGACGUGUUAAAAAGCUACAGGUGCCAAUUGAGCUGGUCUGCUGUGAGGAGAGCCUACGCCACUAUGGAGAGAAAAGCAACCGGAUUGUCACUCACAUCCAACAUGGCUGGCGUCGCAUAUACUCCCUGGCCUUGUUUGUGCAGCACAUGCUACUGGGUGUCGAGGAUGUGCAUUCGAACCUCAGGCCACUGGUUCUUGACCACACACGACGCCUAGCACAAGUCCUGGAGCAAGACUCGGACCUUAAAAACAAGCAGCCGUUUGAGGCAGUGGUCACCAUACUCAAAGCUUGCAAAGAUGAAGCAUCUCAGAGCAUUUUUAGGUUUGGCAGUCAGCUUUGUCCAGUGUGCAUGGGAGAUCCGCAGGAUCCUUUGAGUCUGCCCUGUGACCACAUCUUCUGCCUGACCUGUAUCAAACAGUGGCUGGUGCUUGGUCAGAUGCUCUGUCCUCUGUGUCGCCUUGAAGUGCCUGAUGACUUUGAGCUCAAGGCCUCUGAGACAAUACAGGGUCUGAUCCAUCAAAAUGCAUUGUUCAGAAAGCGAUGCAAUGCUUUCUUCAUUGAUCUGGUGUCCACCAUAUGCUUCAAGGACAGUACUCCUCCCAGCAUGGACAUCAUCCAACAUCUGUUGUCCCUCCUGAUGGUAGAGGCCCGCUCGCUCCCUCAGAUUAGAGGGCAAGACCGCAAGUUCUUGACUAAGGCUCUUUCUCCCUUCGAUGACUCUGUGGAUAAAAAUCCAGUGGUGCGUUCAGUGGUGCUGAAACUCCUGCUCAAGUACAGCUUUGAUGAUGUGAAGCACUACCUUCAGCAGCAUCUGACAGAAGUUGAGCAAAGCAACAUCAUUCAGGAGACUGAUAAAACCGAGCUUUAUUCCUUGUACAUAAAUAGUUUGGAGGACUCAAUGUAUGAUCGGACACAAUGGCACUCUGUGUCGGAGCAGCAGAUCUGUUUGCAGGAGGAAACACGCUUUCUGCUGGAGUUCCUUCACUCUGAUUCUGUGUCUGCACACACUGCAUCUAUAGAGCACCUGCAGCAGGUGGCCAGAGUUCGAUUGUGCCUGGAUAUGGCUGCUGACCUGCCCUUUAACAGAGACUCAAUGUAUGAUCGGACACAAUGGCACUCUGUGUCGGAGCAGCAGAUCUGUUUGCAGGAGGAAACACGCUUUCUGCUGGAGUUCCUUCACUCUGAUUCUGUGUCUGCACACACUGCAUCUAUAGAGCACCUGCAGCAGGUGGCCAGAGUUCGAUUGUGCCUGGAUAUGGCUGCUGACCUGCCCUUUAACAGAGACUCAAUGUAUGAUCGGACACAAUGGCACUCUGUGUCGGAGCAGCAGAUCUGUUUGCAGGAGGAAACACGCUUUCUGCUGGAGUUCCUUCACUCUGAUUCUGUGUCUGCACACACUGCAUCUAUAGAGCACCUGCAGCAGGUGGCCAGAGUUCGAUUGUGCCUGGAUAUGGCUGCUGACCUGCCCUUUAACAGAAGCAGUAAUGACUGGUACAGGGUUUACCUCAUCAGAAAGAUCUGUAGCCUUCAUGGGGUUGAUUAUGUCCAAAAACUUCUGUCACAGAAAGAGUUCAAGUGGCUGUUUCCUCAGGAGGUUCUUAAUAUGAAUCAAGAUGACAACAAAAUUGACCACUAUGUAGCAUGUGGACUGGACUACAAAACUAUUAGAGAUGCAGUAGCCAAAGCCAUGAGGGAUUGCGACAUGAAUGAAAUACAGAAAGCGAUUGAGGCGACAGGGACAAGACACUUGCGGAUCCAUUUGCAAAGCUUAGUCACCUUCCUGUACAGAAAUGGAAACCCCAACUCGGACCCUAAACCUGAGCAACGUGCUGGCCUUGAAGAUUUUAUCAGAAGCACAGACAUCUUUGUCAAUGACGAAACAAAAGCAUUUGCUAAAGGACUGGUGAAUAAUCAUCUACAUGCUCUGCGUGUACAACCUCAGAUGUCAGGCAGAGAGCUUCUUCUGGUGGAGGUUACAGUUCACAUGGCUGCAGUUCUGUUGUGUGGAAAUCUGCCUUUACUGGAGCCACUGCAGCAGCUGGCACUGUCCCCAAACAACAUGACGGCUUCAUUCAUUCCAACUAUGCCGGACGACAUGUUGGCUGUUGCCCAGCAGGCCAUAAAAGGCCCGCAUGGCUUGAAAGUCCAGUGGUAUUCCUGUCCUAAUGGUCAUCCAUGCAUUGUUGAUAUGUGUGGUCUGCCCAUGGAGGUUGUCCGCUGUCUAGAGUGUAAUGCAGAAAUAGGCGGCAUAGACCACAAACCUGUUGACGGCUUCCAAACCAUGCAGAUACAAGCGGACCGUACUCAGUCUGGACACAUUCUGGGUGAUGCACAACGUCGUGACCAGCCUGACAUGCAGGACACUAAGAAUAUGUCACCUGCUCCCUUCGCUCUUCUCAGACUGCUCACACACAUGUGCAUGCUGCUGGGAGCUCAAAACAACACACAG